CCUUCGGCGCUAUAAAGGAAUACAUCUUCCUGAUGACAAGCUCUCUUUGCAGUGACACUUCACCCUUAGUCAUUCUAGAAGCAGCAUCUUCUACUACGAAAGCUUAGGAACUACAUGAGAAAUUAGAGUGCUGCUUGCAACGACCACGUCUUCUGCAAGAUCCAGGGCAUUCACAAUGAGCAUUAGUCAAGACGACGUGGAGAAGUUUCUUGAUGGCAACCCUGCUUUUGCCAAGCAGUACUUUGAGAAGAAACUGAAAACAGAGUCAUGGGAUAACAAUGAGAGUGAAAUACUUUUUGAGUUGAUCCAAGACAUGCAAGAAAGCAUCAACAUGGAGAAAGUUGUUUUCAAGACCUUGAGAAGAAUCAGGUCCCUUAUUCAUGCUGACCGCUGUAGUCUUUUCAUGUACAGGCAGAGAAAUGGCACACCUGAACUGGCAACAAGGCUUUUCAACAUCCAAGAGGGAAGUACUCUGGAGGAAUGUCUGGUGUCCCCAGACUGCGAGAUUGUCUAUCCAUUGGACAUAGGCAUUGUGGGUUAUGUUGCACAGACAAAGAAAACCAUGAACAUCAAGGAUGUCCAUGAGUGUGCCCAGUUCAGUCCAUUUGUCGAUGAGCUCACCAACUAUACUACAAAAAACAUCCUUGCGACACCCAUCUUGAAUGGCAAAGAUUUGGUUGCUGUCAUUGUGGCUAUUAACAAACUGAACGGCCCACACUUCACCAGCUCAGAUGAAACACUUUUUCUGAAAUACCUGAAUUUUGCAUCCUUGAACCUGAAAAUUUAUCACUUGAGCUAUCUUCACAAUUGUGAGACUCGAAGAGGCCAGGUGCUGUUGUGGUCUGCAAAUAAGGUUUUUGAGGAACUGACUGACAUUGAGAGGCAGUUCCACAAGGCUUUUUACACGGUGAGGGCAUACCUGAACUGUGACCGGUACUCAGUAGGUCUCCUGGACAUGACAAAGCAGAAGGAAUUUUUUGACCUAUGGCCAGUCCUGCUGGGAGAAGUACCCCCGUACUCAGGGCCUCGCACUCCAGAUGGCAGGGAAAUAGUCUUUUACAAGGUCAUCGAUUACAUAUUACAUGGAAAAGAAGACAUUAAAGUCAUUCCAAAUCCUACCCCGGAUCACUGGGCACUAGUUACUGGGCUGCCAACCUAUGUGGCUGAAAGUGGAUUUAUUUGCAACAUUAUGAAUGCUGCUGCAGAUGAGAUGUUCAACUUUCAGGAAGGUCCUCUAGAUGAAUCAGGAUGGACUAUCAAAAAUGUUCUCUCCAUGCCAAUUGUGAACAAAAGGGAAGAAAUUGUUGGUGUCGUCACAUUUUAUAACAGAAAAGAUGGGAAACCUUUUGAUGAGCAGGAUGAAACCCUCAUGGAGUCCUUGACACAGUUCCUGGGUUGGUCUGUGCUCAACACAGACACAUAUGAUAAGAUGAACAAGCUGGAGAACCGGAAGGACAUUGCUCAGGACAUGGUGCUCUACCACGUGAAAUGUGACAAGGAUGAAAUCCAGGAAAUUCUGCCAACACGAGAAAAGCUGGGGAAGGAGCCAAGUGAGUGUGAGGAAGAGGAGCUGGCAAGCAUUCUGAAAGAAGAGCUCCCGGGGCCCACUAAGUUUGAAAUCUAUGAGUUCAGGUUCUCUGACUUUGACUGCACCGAGCUGGAGCUGGUGAAGUGUGGCAUUCAGAUGUACUACGAGCUCGGCGUGGUGAAAAAGUUCCAGAUCCCACAGGAGGUUCUGGUAAGGUUUGUGUACUCCGUCAGCAAAGGCUACCGGAAGAUAACUUACCACAACUGGCGUCAUGGCUUCAAUGUUGCACAGACCAUGUUCACGCUCCUGAUGACUGGCAAACUCAAGCGUUACUACACAGACCUUGAAGCCCUUGCAAUGGUAACUGCUGCUCUGUGCCACGAUAUUGACCACAGGGGAACCAACAACCUUUACCAAAUGAAAUCUCAAAAUCCCUUAGCUAAACUUCAUGGAUCCUCAAUUUUAGAGAGACAUCACUUGGAAUUUGGAAAAUUCUUGCUCUCUGAGGAGUCACUGAAUAUAUGUCAGAACCUCAACCGCAGACAGCACGAGCACGUGAUUCACCUGAUGGAAAUUGCCAUUAUAGCAACAGACCUGGCACUCUACUUCAAAAAGAGAACAAUGUUUCAAAAGAUUGUUGACGAGUCUAAGACAUAUGAUAGUGAGACUGCCUGGACUGAAUACCUGUCUCUGGAGACAACAAAGAAAGAGGUUGUCAUGGCAAUGAUGAUGACUGCCUGUGACUUGUCAGCAAUCACAAAGCCUUGGGAAGUCCAGAGUAAGGUAGCUCUACUGGUAGCAGCUGAGUUCUGGGAGCAAGGAGACUUAGAAAUAAGCGUCCUUCAGCAACAGCCUAUUCCCAUGAUGGACCGAAGGAAAGCUGCUGAGCUUCCAAAGCUUCAAGUGGGUUUCAUUGACUUUGUGUGUACGUUUGUCUAUAAGGAAUUUUCACGUUUCCAUGAGGAAAUUCAGCCUAUGCUUGAUGGGCUCCUGAACAAUCGAAAUGAGUGGAAGACCCGUGCUGAUGAGUAUGAUGCAAAAAUGAAAGCUCUGGAGGAAGAGAAGAAAAAAGAGGAAGAGAGAAUGGCUGCAAAGAAAGAUGGAAUAACCUGUAACGGAGGAACAGCUCCAGCUUCCAAAACCUGUAGCAUACUUUAGACAUAUUAUCAAUGCAAUAUAUGCCACCUAAAAUGAGGAUGCCCACGCUUAAAAAAAAAAAAAAAAAAGACAUAAAAAUACAUUCCUGAUUGGACUGUUCUGAUACUUUAUUAGGCUUAUGAUCAACCAGGGAAGGGCUAGAUCUUGUUUGCCUUAAUUGCAUCUCUUCCUGAUGGUAAGGAGCCA